AGGACAUGGAACUUGUCUUAGGUAACUUCGGAACAACAUUUAAAGAUAAGAAUGUUGGAGCUACCAAGAACAAAGCAAUACAUAGGUUUUGCUACCAAACUUAAACCCUAUUUUCCACCAAGACAAUACUUAACUCAACUAUAAAAUCAUCACAACAUGUCUCUAUAAUCCCUCCCUUUCCUCCAAAUUUGAACCUUUUUUCUGAAAUCUAAAAUGCCGAGCUCACUUAACGAUGCUCUUGUUCGCCAAGAAUUUGACCCAAGCUCAUCAGCCACUACUCUUCAUGCAGUCAUUGUAAUGGAUGCACUUAAAGAGUUCAGUAUAGAGCCAAUUUUAUGGGCAUUAGAGAAUAUUAUGGCUCCUGGUUAUGUACUCACUUUGCUUGGGAUCAUGCCCUGGCUUAAUAUUCCUUUAUCGUCAAAGACCCCAGAAGUAUGGGGCGUGGAGUUUGAAGAAUUAGCACAGGCGCAAGCUGCAAGUGAGUCGAUGAUCGAUCCAAAAUAUCUAAAGCUUCAAGAAGUGGUAGACCUUUGCAAAAGAUUCGGGGUAGUGCUACAGAAGGAAGUAGUAAUGGGGUUUCCAUUGAGACUUGUGGUGGUUGAAAAAAUUACUAGCCUUCAUGCUACAUGGGUAGUCUUUGAUAGAUACCAGAAGAAGAAUAGAGAAUUCUUUACCAGAAGAAUUCCGUGCAAUAUGUUAAUGAUGAAUGAAAAUGGGGAAGCAGACAUGAUUAGAAGGCAGCCGAUGAUGAUCGAUAACGGAGAGUUCACUCCUGGGGAAUCAUCAGCUUCCUUGAUACCUACUCCACAGCUGAUGAUUUCUGAUGGAUGGAAAAAAAUUCUAACCAUUUUCUGAUGGGAAAAAAUUCUUACCAUUAGCAAUUAGCAUUUUCUUUUUCUGUUCUCUCUUGUAAUAAGAAAAUCAGUACCUUGCAUUUUAGUUAAUGCAGGUUAUGGAUCUGGGUAAUAAUUUCACAACUUUAUUGAUGACUCAAAAAAUCUGCUGUCUUGAACACUUAAA